GCAUUUGUUGAGUGACCAAACAGAUCCCUUCAAUCGAUCACCUCUUACCAUGGACAUGGUGACACCUAACUCAGAGUUACUUUCUCAGAUUCAGACGUGGAUUAAAGAGAAGAAACAACAAGCGAGAAACAGUUCAGAUUCUCAGGAUUAGUGUUGUUUACAUUUGAGGUAUAUAAUGUAUUAUGAAAUUAUUUUUAAUAAUUGUUGAGUAUUUGAUUGUUUAUUUUAUUUUAAUUUUGUUCAAAUUCUAAACAUGUAUGCCUUUGCGCACAUUAUUUCUUCCCUUUCAUUCCAUUUAAUAUUGUUUGUCUUAGUACUGUAAAUUACAAUUGCUUCUGCUGUAUAAUUUUAUGUGCUAUGAAUCUGCACAAUUUUAUUUUCUGCCAUAGGAUUUGCUCUAAGAAUUUUCAAGAUAUGGGGUUGUUAGAGGUAGUUUUAUUGUUGACAGGUGUGUUUGUGAAAUUAUUAUAAUUAAAAAGGGUUCAAAGUAAUUUGUUAAGAACAGUUCUUGGGAGGACAGUUGCUACUCUUGCCAACAAUGUAUUGAAUUUAGAUUUAAUCCGGUGUAUACAUUCAAAUUAAAAAAAAAGAAAGAAGAGGAAAGAAAGAAAGAAAGAAAGAAAGAAGAAAAAGCAAGGUAAUUUUGUAAAAUUUCAUUGUCCUCUCAGAGUAUUCAAGUCUACCAAAUGAGUAACAAAUUGUUAAUUAAUCUUCUUUGUCGAUCAUGUGCAAAUGUGUAUUUGAUGAAAGAAAUACACAACACUAAGCGCACCAGCUUCAUUCUUGUGAAAUAAAAAAAUAUUCAGGAAAUUCAUUUUGUCAAGAAUUGUUAUGAGGUGGCAGUUGUUACUAAAGAUAAGUAAAGAAAUGUAUUUAAUUUGGUGUGAAUUAUUCAGUGUUCUGGUUUUGAGAAGGAUCAACUUCUAUGUUGUGAAUUAAAGACAAUUGACAAAAGUGUAAAGAAACCACGUGUGUAAGUAGAUUUUAUCACUCAUUGUCUAGUUUCUAGUGCUCGUUAUCUAGUUGUUUCUGAUUUUAUUAUCAGUAAUUUUGUUAAAGAGGAAUGCGUAAUUCCUUUUCCAAAUAAAAUAUACUGAGAGAUGUAGAUAUUCUUUUAUCAUGUAUAUUAUGAAUUAUUUUCCAAUUAUAUUUGUUAAUUACAUUGUACAGUUCCGUGUAAGAAUGUGCAGACAAGCAUAUAUCAAGUAGAGUGUAAGGAAGAACAAAACAUGAGAUAGGAAGUACAAAAAUUGGUCAAGAAAAUUUGUCCAGCGGAAAGAAAAGUAAGUUGAUUAUUCUGCAGAAUGGAAAGGAAUGAAUGAUUUGAUACAUCUAACAACAGUUACUAUUGUGAACUUACAUAACUGAAGAGCAUUUUCGGCAGAAUUAUAUGUAUACCUUUGAUGAAUAUUUAGCACCACAGAACAUCUAUGAUUUUGAACUGUUGAUUUUUAACUUUUCAGUUUCAAUUGAUAUUCCUUACAACCUGCUUGGUAAAUUGUAUUGGUUGCUCUCAAUUUUGGUGAUUCAGUGUUUUAUAUUUGUAGGUAAUGCAUUGGGAGAGAAGGUUUUCUAAAAAUGCUCUGUAAAUUGAUUGUUACUCUAAGUGUACAUAAACAAAUAUAAAUCUUGUUUCCAUACACCA